AUGGCUCGUACCAAGCAGAUUGCCCGUAAAUCCACCAGUGGUAAAGCACCCAGGAAACAACUAGCUAUAAAAGCUGCUCAUAAAAGUGCGCCCUCUACUGGAGGGGUGAAGAAACCUCAUCGCUACAGGCCUGGGACUGUGGCACUCCGGGAAAUUAGACGUUAUCAGAAGUCCACUGAACUUCUGAUUUGCAAACUUCCUUUCCAGCGUCUGGUUCGAGAAAUUGCUCAGGACUUCAAAACAGAUCUGCGCUUCCAGACUGCAGCUAUUGGUGCUUUGCAGGAGGCAAGUGAGGCCUAUCUGGUUGGCCUGUUUGAAGAUACCAACUUGUGUGCCAUCCACGCCAAACGUCUGACCUUUGAAAAGUCCAGAUACCAGGGAUGUGGAAAUAACAAGGCUUGA